UUGGCUCUCUCCAAGCCUCAAAGGCCGCUUAGUCCUCCUAUUUAUUCCCUUCUCAUUUCUACCCUGAUUCGUAUAUCUCAUAAACUCUUCAUUGAACUUAAUCAAGCUAAAAGACAGCGCAAAAAUGGGCCAAAGAGGGGAUGACAAGAUAGCUUUCAGCGAAGAGCAAGAAGCCCUUGUGGUCGAAUCGUGGAAGGUUAUGAAGAAGGAUGCAGCAUCAUUGGGACUAAAGCUCUUCUUGAGGGUGUUUGAGAUUGCUCCAUCAACAGCGAAGCUCUUCCCUUUCUUGCGCGACUCAAACGUGCCCCUUGAGAAGAACCCGAAGCUCAAACAACAUGCCAUGUACGUAUUCAUUAUGACUUGCGACUCAGCGGCACAAUUGAGGAAGGAAGGUGAGGUGACUGUGAAGGACACAACCUUGAAGAAGCUUGGGGCUUCUCACUCCAAGUAUGGUGUGCUUAAUGAACAUUUUGAGGUGCUGAGGUUUGCACUUUUGGACACAAUAAAGGAUGCUGUCCCUGACAUGUGGGGUCCAGAGAUGAAGAGUGCUUGGACUGAAGCUUAUAAUCAGCUGGUUGCUGCUAUCAAACAAGAGAUGAGGCGAUCAUCUUAAGCUUUGGCGCAUUUCGCAUUUGUUAGUUAUGGGCGUCACUAAGCCAUGUCUGUCGUGUGAUUAAUAAAGUCCUUUUGGAUAAGUACGUGUUUACUCUAUUCAGGUGCUUGUUGCUCUUAAUAGAGAAUUUGUGUUUUUUCAAUUUAAAUUGUGGAACCGACUCAACCAACGAUUGAGAUAAAUGAAAUGAUUAUCCUUUAACAAUA